AUGACCAACCAACACGACCUCCUUCGAGUACCAAAGUCUUCCUGUGACACGUGCAGCGGCGACAAUGCCAUAGGCAAUGUCAUUUCAACUGGACCAGCAAACAUAACUCUCGACUCGACAGGCGAGCACUACUACAUUUGCACCUUCGGUAGCCACUGCAAAGUUGGCCAGAAGCUUGCUAUAACAGUCUCAGGCACGCCAGGGGCCAAUCCGCCAACUUCCACCCCACCAAUCACCCCUACAACUCCUUCUCCCACCUCAAGUCAGCCCGAUGCAUGUGCACCUACUCCGUCAUCAACUCCCAACGCUGGUGGGCCUACGGCUUCGGUAAAACCACCUGCUGGAAUCCCUCCUGCACCUGAUUCUUCCUCAACAUAUGUGUUUGCAAGUUUAUUACCAGUUCUGCUAUCCAUUGGAGCGGCCUCAGUUAUUUCAGAAGGAAAUAAGAUAAGAAGUAUUCACGAUAGACUAAGAUGGAUGAACAGGGAGAAAAGCGUGAAAGGAAUACCUUUAGUGGACAGAAGCAGUGUAAUGAAUAGAACUGAGACGGAGAAGUGGAGAACCGACGGAAGCGGCGAAGUCUGA